UGCACAAAAUACUGUGUUAGUUUAUUCAGAAUUAAUUGUUUUACCGUAUUUAUUGAAGUAUAUUGGAUCAGCAUUAAAGAAUCCGCAAUAAAAGCUAAGUUUAUCGGUACUUAUCAUAGAAACUUCUAUACAAAACUGUAUAAAAAUGUCUUCCGAUUCCGACACAGAUGUCUCUGAUUGCGAACCACUGACCAUAAAUACAAUCAACACCGACUUGUUGCCUCUCAAAUCAAAGGAUCGUUACAUUUAUGCUUACGAAAAUUUUAUCAGCUGGCAAAAAGAUAAGAACGCAAAUUCGUUCAGCGAGGAUACAAUAUUAAGUUAUUUCCAAGAUAUGUCAAGAAAAUACAAGCCGUCGACUUUAUGGGCGAUGUAUUCUAUGUUGAAAUGCGGUUUGAAGAGUAAUAAUGAUGUGUGUAUGGAGAAUUACCGUCGGGUCAGAGCGUUACUGAGGGACUUGAACAAGGGAUACGUGAGUAAGAAGGUGAAGACGCUAUCUAUUGAACAUGCGGAGCAGUUUAUAGCGGAAGCUCCGGAUGGGAAGUAUCUUGCGACUAAGGUAGCCCUAAUUUUCGGAAUCACAGGAGGCUUGAGACGGCAAGAACUAUCAUUACUAACAAUACACGACAUCGAAAACCAUGGAAAAAUCUUCAUAGUAAAAAUACCCCAGAGCAAAAACCCGCUCCAAGACUCAUUUGUAAUCCAAGGGAAAUAUUAUAAGCUAGUUAAAAAAUAUCAAAAGCUACGAGUAACUUCCGCUCCGAGUGAUCGCUUUUUCCAAGCAUACAGAGAUGGUAAAUGCCGAGCCCAAGUUAUCGGCAGAAACAAAUUUGGGUCGAUGCCUAAAGAGAUAGCGGAGUUUUUGAAGUUGCCGGACGCUAGGUCGUACACAGGGCAUACUUUGCGUGCUGUGUCACGGAUGCCGGUUGCGCUUGAACGGUGUGGAAGCCAAUCGUUUACUAAUGAUUCCAACUCCACCCCGCAAACACUAAAAGUCACAGAACCAAAGCCACAGGAGCACAGAGAGCAGUGUCGCUUCUGCGGGGAGUUCAAGAAAUGCUCUCCGGUAGUUCAAAAACCAUAUAUCAUCGGCAAUAAGACUACGCUGGCGCUCAAUCAUUUGAGAGUUGAACUGGACUUGAGUAUAGACUCUCUCCCAAAGACCGUUUGUCGUGAAUGCGACGCCAAACUCCUAGAAAUCUUUGAAUUCAUCAAACUAGUCAACUCGGCGCAGUUCUCACUAGUCACUGUCUCUCCGAACGAUGCUACAAGUGCUGACAGUUCGGCCCAAAGUGAAAAUUAUCAAAUAGAAUUUGAUACUCAAAUAGUAAAGUCUGAAUUUGAGGAGGAUGAGUCAUUUGGAAAUGGGGUUGAUUCAUUAUCAUUUUGUGAAACAGUAUAUUUGAAGGAUCGCAAAAGAAAACAUGAAGAUAAGAAAACAAAAAAGAAGAGAGUAAAGAGAGAUAAAAUUGUAGAAAAUAAUUAUAAUGUAAUAGUUGAUGUAAAAGAAGAAACUAUUGAUGAUAUUGGAAAUAGUGAAGAUAAUUUUGAAGUCAGUGAUACAGGGACGGGUGUGGAAACUAGUGAGUUAGCAGAAGAUAGUGUUUUAGAUUAUGAAAAAGGGACUUUUAGUGAUAUGGCACGAAAAAAAAGUAAUGAUGAAGAGUAUAGUGACACUGGUGACACUAAUGACUAAAAUGCUAUGAGAUGAUUGUUAGACAUGGAAAGUGAUUAUUAUUUUGUUUGUCAUUUUAAGUUAUUGAUGCUUUCUGCAUAUUUUCAAGUUUGUAGUGAGUAAAGUUAUUACUUUGUUUUUUAUAUUUCAAAUUUUACAGUGAUAACUGUAUUUCUGAAGGACCUAUUGACAAAAAAAGGUUUAUGUGAUUGUAUAUUAUUUCUGCAGUUGACAUAAAAAAAAUGAUCUAGAUAAGUUAUUAAAUGUGAAUGAGUUUAGUAAAACGUCCCACUUUGUCGGUUACCAUUAAGGCAAGAUUUACUUCUAU